AUACAACUAAUGAUUUUUGAACGGUCGUCGUCGUCGAUCGGAGUUCGGAAUUGCUCGAGCAUCCUGAAACUUUUGAGUUCUGUCUUAAUCUCAAUAUAUUUAAUAAUUAAUAGUUAUUAAGUAUAUAAUAUAUUCUGUAAUACAUAUAUAAAUAUAUUAUAAUAGUAUACAUUUAUACGCUUUUACAUUUGAAAUUAUAAGCUUAAGAUUUUCAAUUUCUUUUGUAAAUACAUUAAAUACACAAUUUUUUUUUGAUGGAAUUGGACCAAGUUGUGGUUUUACGUCAUCUCAAAGAACUAGGGUAUGAAAAUGUCGAAUCUCAUUUGCUUCAAAAAUUCAUGAAAGAUUUAAAAAAACUUAUCAAAUAUGAAAAACAAAAACCGCUAGUUGAAGAAAAGGAAAACGUUAACGUUGAUUUAUAUAAAAGAAGAGGUUCAUUAGUAGAAAAACGAGAUAUUUCAUCAAAAAAUUAUUGCAAAAAUGCAUGCUGUAAUAAAAAUAAAAAUGAUGUUUUUGAAAGGUUGUCACGCCCAAGUUCAAAAACAAAAAUAUGUUCUAAAGCUGUUUCAACAAUAGCUGUUCAAACAGACUUACAAGAUACAAAAACUAGAGAGAACAAAUAUUCACAAAUUUUAAAAAGGAAACGAAUGGAUCCAGUAGCAUUACAUCAAUAUUACCAAACAGAAUGGCAAAAUCAUAAAGUGCCAGGUGAAAAAAAUCAUAAUGAACUACGAUGGAAAAUUAGACAGACUAUGAUACAUAAAUAAAAAAAUGUUUCACUUAACGUUAUGACAUUUCUUGAUAUUCAACAUUUUAAAAAUAUAUAUCUACUUAAAAUUUCUUUAAAUGUAGCUCAAAAUCUGACACCAGUGAUUAUGUGAAUAUGAUCAAUGAUGCACUUCUAUUAAAAUGUUAAUACAUUGUAAUUAUAAAUAUAAAAUAAUAAACUGAAUUCUUAAAUAUUUUGUAAAACUGAUAAGUCUUAUUAUUUAUAGUUCAUAAUUAUUUUCUAGUGUUAUAAGUAUUUUAUAUUUUUACUUAUGAUUCUUUUGGUAAUCAAAAAUUGUCAUGAAAAUUAAAGAAAAAAUAGAAGUUGAUUUAUACUUA